AUGGCAAGGAAGCUCAGUGUGCUGGAAAUCCUUCUGAUCACCUUCACGGUCAUCGUAGGCAUUGUAGAUAUCCUCUUAGGGCUUUUCCUAUCGGAUAUUCCUUCAGAUUCGUUUGUUCCAGAAUGUCCUGAUAUAUCCGGAUCUGAAAGGAUAGACUGUGCACCAGGACAGGAGGUGACAGAGGAUACCUGCAGAUGGAAACUGAAGUGCUGCUGGAAACCUGAGGCAGCUGUUGAUGUCCCUGUGUGCUUCUUCCCCAGGAACUGGGGCUACGAAGUCAGUGGUGACAUUACAAACACAAGCACAGGUUUUACUGCUCAGUUGAAAAGGGUGGCAUCCCCAUCUCUGUUUGGAAAUGAUGUCCUUAACGCCCUCCUCACAGCUGAAAAUCAGACAUCCAAUCGUUUUCAUUUUAAGAUUACUGAUCCCAGUAACGUACGCUACGAAGUCCCCCAUGAAAACGUCAAGACGCUUAAUGGGACUGCUGACCCUUCCAGUCUGAGCUAUCAUGUAGAGAUCACAAACAAACCUUUCAGCCUCAAAGUAAUGAGGACAAGCAACAGAAGAGUCUUGUUGGACACGAGCAUUGGGCCCCUCCAGUUUGCCCACCAGUACCUACAACUGUCAUUCCGACUGCCCAGCACCAAUGUGUAUGGACUAGGGGAACAUGUACACCAGCAGUACCGCCACAACAUGACCUGGAAGACCUGGCCCAUCUUCACACGGAACAGUGACCCAGUAGCGGGCAUGAUUAACUUGUAUGGAGCUCACACGUUCUUCUUGUGCUUAGAGGACACCAGUGGCUUCUCUUUCGGAGUGUUUUUGAUGAACAGCAAUGCCAUGGAGGUCACCCUUCAGCCGGCUCCUGCCAUCACUUACCGCACAAUUGGGGGCAUUCUUGACUUUUAUGUGUUCCUUGGAAACACUCCAGAGCAAGUGGUUCAGGAAUACUUAGAGCUGGUUGGACGGCCAUUCUUGCCUUCCUACUGGAGCCUCGGGUUCCAGCUGAGCCGAAGGGAUUAUGGUGGCAUCGAGGGGUUGAGAGAAGUGGUAGAACGGACUCGUAAAGCUGAGAUUCCAUAUGAUGUCCAGUACUCUGAUAUAGACUACAUGGAUGGAAACAAAGAUUUCACUAUUAAUGAAAUCGCUUAUCCUGGUCUCUCAGAUUUUGCCAAGGAGUUACAUGACAAUGGACAGAAAUAUGUGAUUAUUAUGAAUCCUGGCAUCUUCAUAAGCCCUAACUACACAGCUUAUAACAAUGGAAGCCUACAGAGAGUGUGGAUACUGGACAGUCAUGGCUUUGCUGUUGGGGAGGGAUACCCUGGACCAACAGUCUUUCCUGAUUAUAGCAACCCGGUGGGCACUGAGUGGUGGACAGAGCAGUUGACUGAAUUUUAUAAAUACCUGGAGUUUGAUGGAGUGUGGAUUGAAAUGGAUGAAGUAUCUAGCUUUCUCCAAGAUUCCCAUCUUGAGUGUGAAUCAAACACCUUGAACGAACCACCUUUUGUGCCUAGAGUUCUCAAUCGUGUGCUUUCUGAAAAGACCCUUUGCAUGGACACAGAGUUUUACUCAGGUCUUCACUAUGAUAUCCACAGCUUGUAUGGCUACUCCAUGGCAAGAGCCACAGACUCGGCCAUGGGAGCUAUCUUUAUCAAUAAUAGGACUUUCAUAUUAUCCCGUUCUACUUUUGCUGGAUCUGGAAAAUUUGCUGCUCAUUGGCUUGGGGAUAAUGCAGCUACCUGGAAUGACCUCCGUUGGUCUAUUACAAGUAUCCUCGAGUUCAACCUAUUUGGUAUUCCCAUGGUCGGUGCCAACAUCUGUGGCUACAAGCAAAAUGUCUCGGAAGAGCUGUGCAGAAGAUGGAUGCAGCUGGGAGCAUUUUAUCCACUUUCCAGGAACCACAAUGGCCCUGUGUUCAGGGACCAGGACCCUGCUGCCUUUGGUGAUGAUUCCAUGCUGUUGAAUUCCACGAGACAUUAUUUGAACAUCCGCUACACCCUGUUACCCUACCUCUAUACUCUCUUCUACCGUGCUCACACCCAGGGGGAGACAGUGGCAAGGCCUUUGGUACACGAGUUCUACCAAGACCCAGUCACAUGGGAUAUUCAUGAGCAGUUUUUAUGGGGGCCUGGUCUCCUCAUCACUCCUGUUUUGUAUGAAGGCGUGGACCAAGUGAACGCAUACAUACCAGAUGCCAUCUGGUACGACUAUGAGACAGGAAUAGCCAUGCAAUGGAGGAAACAGUUUGUGGAUAUGGCAUUCCCAGGUGAUAGCAUGGGACUCCACCUUCGAGGAGGCUACAUAUUUCCCACCCAGCAGCCAAGCAUUACCACAGAGUCCAGCCGGAAGAAUCCACUGGGACUCAUUAUUGCCUUGGACCACAAACGAGAAGCCAAAGGGGAGCUCUAUUGGGAUGAUGGUGUAUCUAAAGAUGCUGUAACUGCAAAGAAAUACAUUCUGUAUGAUUUCUCUGUUACUGAUAACCAACUACAGGCAAAGAUUAUAAAUAACAAUUACGUGGUCCCUGACAAGCUCAUGUUUACAGAUAUCAAAAUCUUGGGAAUGGACAAAGAGCCAGCUAAUUUUACUGUCUUAUCUAAUAACAUCCCCGCUUCCAUUUCAAGUGUCACCUACGAUUCUUCAACAAAGGUCGUGAGCAUCUCUAAUCUCCAGGGCCUGGAAUUGGGACUAGAAUUUUCCCUGAAGUGGGAUCUUCCAGUCAGUGACCUAGAAAAGUUCAACUGCUACCCUGAGGAUUCUACUGUCUCUGAAGAGAAUUGCAGGUUGCGAGGGUGUCUUUGGGAGGAUACAACCACUCCCGGCGUGCCCACCUGCUACUAUGACACCAUCCCUAACUAUGCUGCCAGUAAUAUUCAAUACCUGGCCACAGGUAUCACCAUGGACCUCACCCUCCUGGAGGCCCCACAAUCAGCACAGGCAAUGAAAUUGUCCCUAUCAGAGCCACUGGGAGCUGGGCAACCCCAGUCAGCAGCAGCGACUGCCACAGAUUCUACUCUUUCUGCAAAAAUCAACCCUCUCAGGGUGACUGUGUCCUACCACACAGAAUACAUGCUGCAGGUCAAGAUCUAUGAUCCCACUAAUCAAAGAUAUGAGGUACCAGUAUCUCUAAAUACUCCACCAUUUCCAGUUGGCUUGCCUGAAAACCGCCUGUAUAGUGUUUCAAUUCAAACCAAUCCUUUUGGAAUUCAAAUUCAACGCAGAAGAUCUGGCUCUGUAAUUUGGGAUUCUCAGCUCCCUGGCUUCACCUUCACCGACAUGUUCCUCUCCAUUUCCACACGCCUCCCCUCUCAGUACAUCUACGGCUUUGGAGAAAACGAACACACGACUUUCAGAAGAAACAUGAGCUGGCAUACAUGGGGAAUGUUCGCUCGUGAUGAGCCACUGGCGUAUAUGAAGAAUUCCUACGGUGUCCACCCCUACUACAUGGCACUGGAGGAGGAUGGCAGUGCCCAUGGAGUGCUCCUGCUGAACAGCAAUGCCAUGGAUAUAACACUCCAGCCCACUCCAGCUCUGACAUACCGCACCACUGGAGGGAUUUUGGAUUUUUACAUAGUUUUAGGGCCAACUCCUGAACUUGUGACUCAGCAAUAUACUGAGUUAAUUGGCCGGCCAGCAAUGACUCCAUACUGGGCCCUGGGAUUCCAGCUGAGUCGUUAUGGAUACCAGAAUGAUACUGAGAUUGCCAAUUUAUAUGAUGCGAUGGUGGCAGUCCAAAUCCCUUAUGACGUCCAACAUGUAGACAUGGAUUAUAUGGAGCGCAAUCUAGACUUCACUCUCAGCUCCAGCUUUCAAAACCUCCGUCUCCUGAUGGAACGAAUGAAGAGAAAUGGCAUGAGAUUUAUACUGACUCUGGGCCCAGCCAUUUCUGGUAAUGAGACACAGUACCCCACGUUCACUAGAGGACAAGAAAGCAACGUGUUUAUCAAAUGGCCUGACACCAGUGACAUUGUAUGGGGAAAGGUUUGGCCGGAACUAUCUAAUGUAAGUGUGAAUAGAUCCCUUAAUAAUGAGCCUCAGGUUAGGCUCUCCAGGGCCCAUGUUGCGUUUCCUGACUUCCUGCGUAAUAGCACAGCUACAUGGUGGAAGAGAGAGAUAAAGGAGCUCUAUACCAACCCCGGAGAGCCUGAGAAGAGCUUGGCAUUUGAUGGCUUGAGGAUCGACAUGAAUGAACCAUCAAACUUUGUGGAUGGAUCUGUCAGUGGCUGUCGUGAUGAAAUUCUCAAUAAUCCACCUUAUAUGCCAUAUUUGGAAGCCAGGGACAAAGGCUUGAGCAGCAAGACCCUGUGCAUGGAGAGUGAGCAGAUCCUGCCAGAUGGCUCCCCAGUGCGACACUACGAUGUGCACAACCUGUAUGGGUGGUCCCAGACCAGGCCCACCUAUGAAGCUGUGCAGGAGGUGACAGAACAGCGAGGGAUUGUCAUCACACGCUCCACGUUCCCCUCUUCUGGCCGCUGGGGUGGACACUGGCUGGGAGACAACACAGCCGCGUGGGACCAGCUGGGGAAGUCGAUCAUUGGGAUGAUGGAAUUCAGUCUCUUUGGAAUACCUUAUACAGGAGCAGAUAUCUGUGGAUUCCUUGGAGAUGCAGAAUAUGAGAUGUGCAUUCGCUGGAUGCAACUGGGAGCCUUUUAUCCGUUUUCCAGGAAUCACAACACUAUUGGGACAAGGAGACAAGAUCCUGUGGCAUGGGAUUCAAGCUUUGAGACGCUCUCACGCGAAGUCCUGCAGAUCAGAUACACCUUGCUGCCUUAUCUCUACACUCUGAUGCACAAAGCUCAUGUGGAAGGCAGCACAGUCAUCCGACCUCUUCUCCAUGAGUUUACAGAUGAUGUGAUAACGUGGGAUAUAGACCAACAGUUCAUGUGGGGACCUGCCCUCCUCAUCAGCCCAGUGCUGCAAAGUAACACUUUUGAGAUCCAAGCUUAUUUCCCCCAAGCCUAUUGGUAUGACUACAACACGGGGUCUGGUGACAACUCAACAGGAGAGUGGAAAAUCCUGAACGCUUCUCUCAACCAUAUCAACCUUCAUGUCAGAGGAGGCUACAUCCUGCCUUGCCAAAAGCCAGCAAUUAACACUCAAUACAGUCGACAAAAUUUUAUGGAAUUGAUUGUGGCGUUGGAUGACAAUGGGGAAGCUAAAGGCGAGAUGUUCUGGGAUGAUGGACAAAGCAUUGAUACCUAUGAAAAUGGAAACUAUUUCUUGGCAAAUUUUACAGCAUCUCAGAACACCUUGCAAAUCAAGACCAUAUACAAUAGGUUUUUGAAUGACUCAAAUCCACUUUAUGUUGGGAAUAUUACAAUCUGGGGUGUGAUCUCGACUUCGGUCAAUCAAGUCAGUUUCACCUAUAACAACCAACAAUUCAUGCAGACAAAUUUUACAAGUAAUCCUUACGAACAGGUGCUGAGAAUUGAGUGGACUGUCAGGAAUAUCAGCCUGGAAAAAUUAACUGAGGUUAUUUGGAUUUAUGGCGAUCCUAUACUCCCCAAUACAACAACUUCCUUCCCAACAAGUGCAUAUCCACCUCCAACAACUACGGGGACUACUAGUUUUGAGACUAUCACUAGUUUUACUACUGUAACUACUGCUACGCCUACUACCAAUGCUACCACUGCUACAGGAGUUAGCACUACAGAGUCUCUUUCUCCUGCAACUAAUGUUAGCAAUAGCACUGCUGGCGAUAAUAUUAUCACUUAUUUCACCACAACUACUGUUAAUACUGUGAUUACUACUACUAGACCUGUUGCGACUACUCCUUUCCCUACAAGCACUGCUGGGAAUACCACUACUACCACCAGUGAUCCCAUACUAACCACCUCUUUCCCUGGGAUUACACCACAUGUUACAACUAAUGCUAGUGUCCCUAAUGUGACUACUGCUUUCCCUACAAGCACUGCUGGGGAUACCACUACUACCACCACUGAUCCCAUACUAACCACCUCUUUCCCGGGAAGUACAGUAAUUGCUACAACUAAUGCUAGUUUCCCUAAUGUGACUACUCCUUUCCCUACAAGCACUGCUGGGAAUACCACUACUACCACCACUGAUCCCAUACUAACCACCUCUUUCCCGGGAAGUACAGUAAUUGCUACAACUAAUGCUAGUGUCCCUAAUGUGACUACUGCUUUCCCUACAAGCACUGCUGGGAAUACCACUACUACCACCACUGAUCCCAUACUAACCACCUCUUUCCCGGGAAGUACACCACAUGCUACAACUAAUGCUAGUGUCCCUAAUGUGGCUACUGCUUUCCCUACAAGCACUGCUGGGGAUACCACUACUACCACCACUGAUCCCAUACUGACCACCUCUUUCCCGGGAAGUACACCACAUGGUACAACUAAUGCUAGUGUCCCUAAUGUGACUACUGCUUUCCCUACCAACACUCCUGGUGAUGCAAUGAUUACCACUGAUCCCAUACUAACCACCUCUUUCCCUGGGAUUACACCACAUGUUACAACUAAUGCUAGUGUCCCUAAUGUGACUACUGCUUUCCCUACAAGCACUGCUGGGGAUACCACUACUACCACCACUGAUCCCAUACUGACCACCUCUUUCCCGGGAAGUACAGUAAUUGCUACAACUAAUGCUAGUGUCCCUAAUGUGACUACUGCUUUCCCUACAAGCACUGCUGGGAAUACCACUACUACCACCACUGAUCCCAUACUAACCACCUCUUUCCCUGGGAUUACACCACAUGCUACAACUAAUGCUAGUGUCCCUAAUGUGACUACUGCUUUCCCUACAAGCACUGCUGGGGAUACCACUACUACCACCACUGAUCCCAUACUGACCACCUCUUUCCUGGGAAGUACACCACAUGGUACAACUAAUGCUAGUGUCCCUAAUGUGACUACUCCUUUCCCUACCAACACUCCUGGUGAUGCAAUGAUUACCACUGAUCCCAUACUAACCACCUCUUUCCCUGGGAUUACACCACAUGUUACAACUAAUGCUAGUGUCCCUAAUGUGACUACUCCUUUUCCUACAAGCACUGCUGGGGAUACCACUACUACCACCACUGAUCCCAUACUAACCACCUCUUUCCAAGGAAGUACACUAAAUGCUACAACUAAUGCUAGUUUCCCUAAUGUGACUACUCCUUUUCCUACCAACACUCCUGGUGAUGCAAUGAUUACCACUGAUCCCAUACUAACCACCUCUUUCCCUGGGAUUACACCACAUGUUACAACUAAUGCUAGUGUCCCUAAUGUGACUACUCCUUUUGCUACUGCUGAGAAUAGCACUACCACCGUUAAUCCCAUAUUAACCACUUCUUUACUAUCAGAUACUAUUUCUAAUACUAGUGUUCAUGAUACAACCACUCUUUACCCACUCCUCACUACAACUGUUCCUACACUUGCCACUCCUCUGACCACAAUUACUGCUGGUCCAACUACUAUUACAAGUGAUCCUAUUACAGAUACUGCUUCAUUUACAAAUAGUGUUACAGCCAGCACCAGUGCAGCUCUUGCUUUCAUUACCACUCCCUCUCCCACAAAUACUAUUGAUACAAACAGCACUUCUUCUCAUACAUUUGUUCCUUCUGCCUCCAGUAAUACUACUGUGAACACAAGUACAACUAUUCAUGUCUCUCCCACAUCAUCUCUUUCCAAUAUUCCUGAGUCUAGUACUAAUAGUAUUGCCUCAGACACAACCACACCAUCAUCUUCAAAUAUAAGUACCACUAGCUCAAGUGAUUCUGUUCCCAUUUCAACUACUCCUUUCUUGAUAAAUAUGACUACAACUAGCAACAUUACUACUGUACUUGGUACCUCUAGUCUAUCCUCAACAAGUCCCGCUAACUUUAGCACUAGUACUAUUAUUCCUAUUUCAAAUACUACUAACAUUAGCUCUAGUACAGUAAUUCCUGAUGUAACAAUUUCUUCCCUUACAAGUUCUGUUGGUGCUACCAAUCUUGCUACUGUUUCUGAGGUAAGAAGCUCAUCACCAACACUUGUUACUGAUGGUGGCACUAGUCCUAUAUUUCCCAAUAUUACUACUCCUUCUUCUGUGAAUCCUACUAGUGACUACACUGGUACUAUUAUAUCUGAUUUGACUUCUUCUGUUACAGGUAAUUCCAGUAUUGGUACUAUGUCUACCACAGCCUUUUCCUUCCCAGCAAGUACUGAUACUGUAACUAUUUCUCCUGUCCCUGGUACAUCUACUUCUUCUGCCUCAAAUACUUCACCCCCUACCAAUACUGCAAAGGCUACCACGAGUGCUGUUACAAAUACAACUGUACCUUUCCCUGCAGGCUUCACUUUCAGCACUCAUGCCAACACACUACCACCUGCUACUCAAGACUUUAUUUCCUCUCCCCCUACUCCUGCUGAUGCUAGACCUGACUCCACAGACAGCCCACCAUUCACUACACCACACUCUACUGCUACUAUAACACCAUUCUUAACUCACACCACAUCAGUAAACACAAAUUUUCCUAAUUUAAGCACUACUAAUACUUCUAACGCAACCACUGCAGCCUCUACUGUAGAUUCAGUUACAACAAAUAUUACCAAUAUUACCACCUCAAGAAGUACAAAUACAACUACAGGAUUGAGUAUAGAUACUCUGAUUACGAAUGAUAUUUCUGUAGAAACCACCACACAACUCAAUUUAGUUCCAUCUCCUAUAGGCACUCCUGAGGACACAACCACAGCUAACACAUCUUCAACUACACUUCUUCCAAACAUUACAACUACUUAUCCUCCAGACAUCCCUAUCAAUUCUUUAAAUACCACCCUCACAGGCACUUGA